UGUUAAUAUGUCCCCUUCAAACGCUCUCAUUCCUAUAGCAAUAGUGAUAUUUGUCCAGCAUAAUUAUGCGCAAUUUACAAAGAACUCAGCCCAGGAUUCGAUGUCUCCAAACGUGGACACGUCCUCCAUACAACAGCUUGUUCUCAGUAACGUGACCAGGAGUAUCAAAAAUGAUACAAGGGACUCGAAGUCUUCAACAAUAGAAAGGCCCUUUGUCAAAAAAAUUCUCUCGAAUCAAGGAACCAGGAUGACAAACAAUGCUAUAGAGGAUUUAAAUUAUCUUCGAAGAGACACGCCCACAAUCCAGUCACUUCUAAAGAAUCAAGAGACCAGGAACAGGAACAAUGCUACAGAGAAUUCGAAGUCUGUAAAUGAGAGUCCGUCUUCUAUCCUCUAUCUUCUGAAUCAAGAGACUUUAAAAAGAAUACAGCUAGAGAACAACCUACAGAGUGUUCAAAAGGAUUUAUCAGUUCUAAAGAAAGAGAACAUUCGUAUAAGACAGGAAUUACUUAAAAGCAUGAGGGACCACACAGAAAAGCUAACCGACUUUAAAUUAUAUGUUAACGAAAGCAUUGCAUCAAUUAAAUCAAAUGAACUACUGGACAAAAAUUUUGCGAAUGCAAGAGCAAACUUUACAGAUGUCUCAGAUCAGAUAGCAUUCGAGGCGCGGAUCACAUCUGUUUUAGAAUUCAAAGGUAAUCAGGGAUCCGUGGUACUUUUUGAUCAAGUCCUCCUUAAUGACGGCAAUGGAUAUAAUAGUUCAACAGGCAUAUUCAUAGCCCCGAGGGAUGGGUUAUAUGUCUUUGGAUGGCACAUUUUACCUGGUUACCAGAGCAUUUCACAUACGGGUUUGAUAGUAAAUAAUAAUGAGAUAUCAGGAAAUUAUUGUAACACAAGGAGGAAUACAGGUCAACAACUUUGCAGUAAAAUGUCUGUGGUGAAGUUAGCUGUCGGAGAUAAGGUGUGGAUAGGCUAUCCUCGCCCUGGAGAUAAUCGAGCAAAAUCUUAUUUCUCCAGUUUCUGUGGUUUUAAAUUAUGAAGAGUAUGACAGAUGUAGGCCCUCUGAAAAUUUCAUUGAAAUUUCUUUUCAUUUAAUCUUGUUGUUAGGAUGAAUCAGGAACAAACAUUUUUUUGAUUGUCGGAAGUUUAACUUCCAUUUAAUUUUAUCA